CACGACGACUACCAACGGUACCUGUGCCAGACAUGGUGCACCUCUCUUCUUGAACACCUACUGACAAUCUGGAUCUCACAACGAUGGAUCCCUCCGACCCAGCUCCGCUCGCGUUGACGACCGAAGAGCUCCUCCCCAUCCUCGACCACCUCUCCACCUCCCGCUCACAUACCGCCUCGGGAUCACUGCUCGCCAUCCAUUCCCCGAUCCCCCUAGCUCUGUUAGAGUCGACUUUGGACUUGUUGGCUCAGGUACAGAUCGAGGAUGAGAGGAUGGACAGGCUGCAAAAGGUGGAUGGCGAAAAGAGGGGGAAGAAGAGGGAUACUUGGGGGUCUUUGGUCGGAAUGAUGCGGAUGACGCACUGCGCAUCCCUCUUGAUCCACCUAGCCUCUUCCUCAAAACCCGACGCAAGAACGGGUACGACCACCCACCGACCCCGUGCGGUCCAAGACUCCCUAGAAAGCCGGUUCAAGACGGCUAUGAAACGACUCUUGCUCCCUCCGUCCACUCUGCAUGCAAGCGACGGUAGUACCACCACACUUCCCAGCCUUGACAUGGAUAAGAAUGGCACCGUGGAUGCGGGAUCAGCCUCAUCGGCGACCAAGCCUCAUCUGUACCAACACAAGACGAGUGCGGAAGAAUGGGAUUUCUUGAAAUCAGAGGUUUAUGAGAGGUACGAGCGGGUUUACGAGGUAUGGUUGGAGACCGGCAAAUUCGACCGGACCGCUUUGGGCCAGAGCCCUUCUAUACAUAGGAUGGCCAGUAGGUUGCAAAGAUGGGUGAACGAGGUGAUCCAGCGGGCAGAGGAAAUAGCGGCGGGUUCGCAGGCGGACUCGGCAUCACAGGCGCAAGUGCAGGUGUCGAAAGUAAUGCCAACGCGACCAGAGCCUCGGCAAGCGGAUUCAGCAAAGAAUGAUGCUCGAGACCGUCGGAUGGAUGACGAGAUGGAUAUGGACGUCGAGCUGGACGUCGAUCGACGUAUCCCUAGGGUUGACAAGGGCAAGCAGCGUGAAGUGCAGAUGACGAGCACUACGGAGAAGCGAUCCGUCAGCAAUAUCCAGCCGACACCGGUUACUGUUGGUCGGCCAGCUAAACGUACUCUUAGUGAGAGACCGGAAAAAGAGGCUGAAGGGGAUGCGGACCGGCUCAAGCGCCUGAAGAGGACUCUGAACGGGGGCAGGGAGCUGGCCUCAGCCACCUCCGGUACGCAGCGACUGGGCACACAAGAGAUGGACGUAGGGCUAGAACCCCCUUUCAAGCAAGAACGACGGGAGGGAUCGUCGGACUUGAAUGCGGGUGUGCAGACGACGCAGGGCGGGAGGAGGCGGACGAGAUUCUCAGUUCAGGGCGAGCAAGAGGCCCAGCUGGGAAGGCAUUCGUCGCCCUUUCAAUCCGAGAGCGGACGGAGACAAUCGAUACAUACUGGUUCCCAUUACUCGCCCCAGCAACAGCAAAACCUACCAGACGAUUACCCGGCUGAUCAACAACACUCGCUCUCAUCCCAUAUGCCGCCUCGACCCCGCUCGAGUUUGCCUUUCCGCCCAGCGGAACGCGAGAGACGAGAACGUUCGAUCUCGGUCCUUGUACCUGAUUUACCGCCAGGGACGAUACUCCGUGUCAACGAGCGGGGUAUCGCAGAGCCAUUGAAGGUAGAAGAUGGGGAAUUUGCUAUGCAGGACGGUGGGUUCAUGCAGGAAGAUUACGAGGAUCCAUAUCAGCAUCAGCUUCGGGAUCGGGACAACUAUUAUGACAGGAAUCGGGAUGAUGGAAGCGCUAUGGACGAGGAUGAAAUGGGUUGGAGGGGAGCAAGCCUUCUGGACGAAGAUCUAGACGGUGAUAUGGACGUUCCCAUAGAUAACAGAGUCGACUUUGGGUCGGGACACAUAGGCUACGAAGGUGCUCGACCUAGCGCUGGCCCUGCGUCUAGGCCGGAGGGAUAUCGAUGGGUUCUUAUACCGGACGAACCCGAGUACGAGCCUAUCAAUAGGAGGAGGUCAUACGCUACUGCCGGACCGCCUCGCCAGUUUUAUCCUCGAGACAUGCGUCGGUCUGAAGUUGCACCGGCGUAUUACCGCUCGAGAUCGAUUUCGAACCAGGAGCGUCGGUCUUUGCCCAACUGGGGACAAGACGCGAGGUACAGCCACGAUGGACGACAGCCUGAAAUCAGAAGGAUAUCAGUUCAGCCAACGUCGUCAGCAAUGGCGAGGAUGAGGUAUGGCACGCCGGUUCCAGAAGGUUCACGGACGCAUCAAUCGAUGCUUGGGAAAGACCCGAGGAGAAGGCAUACGGAUUUCGCUCGACCUCUGGCGGGGUCACCCCUAGCAUCACUGUCAUCACAAGCCGACGCCAGACAGACCGCGCCGAGAAGGAGGCAGGGUUACAGUCUCGGAGGCGCAGAGAGGAGGCUGCCUAUUGACACUGAGGAAAGGACCUCGGCGCGACGCGAGGGAGUGCUGGCGGACUGGGUUGAUAACAGUUUCGACGAUGAUUCCGCGUUUCAUCCUCCACCCCAGGCUAGUGUACCUCUGCCUCGCUCACAAGAGGCGAACCGCGCUGGAUUGGAGGGACAACACGCUCGACCUCCCAUAGAUUCCGAUCUCGCGCCUGUCGCAUCAUCUCCCUCCCGCCCUACUCCCUCAAUAGCCAACCGAAACUCUUCACCUGGCCUCGUGUAUAGCCAAGCUCCCUUGUCGGACAUUCAGAGGACCCAGGGCGGCUCCUCCACUGUUAUUCAGCUACAUCGCCCGUUCAACAACAACAAGGUUCUGCGUAACCCGCAGAACGCCAAGCGCGCUAGGCAGAGCACGGGUCUGCACACGGGCCGACCCGAGUUUCAGCUCGCUGGCGCCAACGAGCCUCAACCGGCUGGGUCAGCCUUACAGGCAAAAGAUGCGACAGAAACAGUGGAGGUGGUUGCAUCGGCCAGCAAGUCGGCUCGGCACAGGGAAAGGGAGAAGAUAGUCGCGGCGAAGGAAGAGGCGAAGAGGAAAGCGAAGAAGCUGUUCAGUAAUUCCGAUGAUGACGACGAUAAUGAGCUCUAAUGAUAGUUCUCUUGUUCUUUACUUCUUGUUUCGUGUUUAUGGCUAUAAUAACGAUGGUUAUCCGUGAUAGAUUAGAACCUCU